CACAUGAGUGAAAAUGCUGCUGUCAGACUACAUUUGCCAUUUGGUGGAAAACAUCGCUGAAUCGGUCAACAUGAUACUUACCAAAAGAGAAUACCACAAGCAACUUUCUUAAUAAACAUUUUAGGCUAUUUGUUGAAAAUGUCGGCACUAGAGAAAAAGGAAUAUCUGGAUUGUCUUGAUCUGGUCAGAGAUAAUCUGUUGCAAGAUGUAUACAAAGUCAAAGACGAAAAUGUUCCAGAGGAAGAAAAUUUAUUAAACAAAGAGUUUCAAAAGUUAUUUGAAUCAAAAGACAUAAAACAACAAAUUGUUAUUCUUAAGGAGCUAUGCAAAGAAACCCAGGAAUGUUUUCUGGGAGAAGGCAUAGGGUCAAAGAUACUUUCAUCUGUCACAAUCUUAGUCAACAUCUACCUGAAUUGUCCUCCUAAACACACAGCAAAAAGGCUGUUGGCAAGUACAUUCCAGAAUUUUAACAAUGAAUUCAAAACCUUACUGUGUGAACGGAUGAAAGAAGAAGUCCUAAUGAAGAUAACUGGUGAGGUGGGAGAUCUCCUAGCUGCUCGACAAAAUGUGAACAUGAUAUACUGUCUCAUGGAAAACUUUACAUUAGGGGAGCAGUGUCUUACUUUGAUCUUUCUACCAGUCCUAAAAUAUUUAACCAGAGCUCUGACAAAGUUUUUAGCUACUAAGAGUACUGACCUGUCUCCUGUGGAGGAUAAUGAAGUCAUGCAUCACUGUCUGGCCACCUUACAAGCCUCCAGUAAACUGGUCCAGAAAUGUACGGGGAACAUUGGAGGGGCAGGGCCUUACACACAGACAGACCUCCAAUCUGUCGCACAGACGUUUAUUGAAAAUAUAAUGCUGAUACUCAAAUCAGAUAAUUUCCUGUUGGAUUGUAAAACCAGUGGCAGCAUGUGCCUGACCCUCCUGCUAAAGCUCACCAUAGGACAGAAUACCGCAGAUCUGAUCUUGGACAUUGUAUUUGGUGAGGAUAUGAAAAGUACUCCUAUUCCCGACUGGUUGUUAAGGACAUCUUUCUGUAGGAGUGUUCUAUCCCAGUUCUCCCCUACUUCCUGUUUGUGCUUGUGGUUUGGCAUUCUGGCUCAGUUGGAUGUUUCAGACUUACUAAAUCACAACAAAGACAGCAAGAGUUUACUGGUGGAUCUCAUGCUGAACAAAAUAUUAUCAAUUGGUUCAAGAAAUCUUGACACGAGUGGGAAACUUCAGAUGGCACGGACUGUCCUCAUGUGGACCAAUAGAUCUCUGGCAUGUUUGAAGUCAGAUAGCUGUGGGCCUGAGGUGGUGGGGAGGUUAGUUGGUUCUGGGGAGCUGCUGCAGAGGGUACUGAAGUUUGUGUGGAUGAUAUGGGAGGAUACAACAGACGUAAUAAGGUUUACUGCCAAGGACAUCUUUGAAUCUGUCAUUAAGGUACACAAGGCUGCAACUCAUGCAAAAGCUUCAGAGGACCGGUUCCUGCUGGACCUGACCAGAUCUCUCCUGCUAGACGUCAGCUGGUCAAGCAAGGGGAAGUAUGGAACACUCCGAAUACUGGCCGAGAAUUUUAAAGUCUCAACACUACUUCAGCUCAGUCCAGACCUCGCACAGGACAUUCUGAACAACCUUAAAGAACAGACUGUGGCUUGUUAUGCUAGUGAUUUGUAUGACAAGCUUUUAACUGAGCAUCUCAAAGAAAUUUCUAAACAAGACAGGAAGCAGUGGCAAAAGAUUUGGGUGUGGCCCAUGCUGCAGUGCAUGAUGGGAAACAACUCACAACAGAGAACAUAUGUCAUUGAGUAUGUCCUCCCCAAACUUCUGAAAACAGGAAAAGACACCUUGGAGUACAUGAUUUCAUCUCUGUGUAAUGACAAUCAGUCAGUUUCAGAUGACCAGCUAGGUGCCCUAAUCAUGUGUUUGAGGAGAGCUCGAGUCAUGGGGCUGUUAGACAAUUCUACAACUGAGUCGUCACACUGUUUGUAUGGAGUAGUGAAGAUAGAACUUGUCAAACAAGCCCUUAGCCACACAGAUGAUCAGGCUAGAUUGGAUGCAUUUGCCUUACUCUGUGAAAACCACAAGACAUCAGAACCAAUCUACCAAUCAGAGUUCAGAUUACUGAAAUACUUCAUCCAGUGGAAUAUGAAGAAUCAAUCCCCAUCCUUUAGACAACACAUGGUGGCUCAUGUUAAAAAGCUGUUUAUCAGAUUUAAAGAGAGUGAAGGUGCAUUGUGCAGGAAACUUCAGUCCAGAAAAACACAUCCAGAAGUCAGCAGUAUUUUGGUAUCAUAUAAGACCUUUGGUUCCUGGCUGUUCCAGUUCUUACUUCACUCCCUCUACCCGGGGUCAGCGUUUGCCAGACGUACCACAGCCCUAUCUGUUCUGUCAAUCAUGGUUCAUCUUCUCCAGCCUCCUAACAAGGGAGGUUAUAUCAUUUGGGAGGAGUGGAAAGGUUGUCACAUCCAAACACUGAUGGAAUGUAUGACGGACACAUUUGAAGACAACAAGAAAGAGGCCUUCAAUAUACUGAAGCAAUGCUUCAACCAGGGACUUCAUCUCAAGAAGCUGAUCAAUAUGAAUGAGUCUGAGCUGUUAGACAUAGGUCUAGAAUUAGCUGGCAGUAACCGCCCACAGGACUGUACCACAGGAGCCUACCUCCUACGAAUCCUACUCCUACAGCCUAGGAUUCAGGACUUCCUGCUCAGUUCCCAGGAGACCCUCACUAAGUACCUAACUCCUGCUGCCCUGACACAGUGGAAGGAGAUACUGGACGGAACACAGAGUCUGAGCUCAGCUCUCCAGAAAUUGUCCCUCCAAAAUAGUAAUUCAUCAGGGGGGACUGUGCUGUUGCUGUGGAUUUUGUUACUGUACUUAGAGGAUCAGCUGAAGGUUGCCAAGACUGGAUUGUUUAUUGCAGCAGCAACAAAACCAAUGUAUCCCACAUUACACUGCAUCAGAUACAUCCUGUUUGAUGUCAAUCUGAAAAAGCUGACUACAGAGGAAUUGUUGCUGUGGCAUCCUCUGAUGGAGAAGCUUCUGUCGUGUUGUCUGGAGAUAUCAGAUAUCGUUUCUCCUGUUGUACAGAAUAGCUCACCUGAGGGGAACGUCCCUGAGGAAGCCAUCAAAGGUGUAGAGUCCAUCUUUGCCAAGGAGGGAAAGCUGGGUAGCUCUGAAGCCGAGCGCUGUGUGGAGACUGUCACACUGAUGCCAGAGUACCUCGUCGUCUGUUGUUGGAGGAAUGUCAAGGAAGUGUCAUUGUUACUGGGACAGCUGACAUUUGAUGCUCCAAUAACAUCACCACAGACUUCAGUCAUAGGACUUCUCACUGUUCAGCAGAAUAAGGUCAUUGGAGAGUAUUUCAAAAAGCAGUUAAUGGAGUCUAUACACAGGGGAGCAUUUGAGUUGGCAUGUGCUGGGUUUGUCAAACAGUGUGAAAUGCUGUGGAGAUGUAACAUUAAGACCCUCCACCAGUUACCCAAGCUCUGGUUAGAACAAGUGAUGGCUGACAUUAAAAAUGAUGAUGAGAAUAACAAGCUGUGUGCUACCAGAAGAAGUGCAGGCAUCCCAUUCUUUGUACAGACUUUAGUUAGUACAGAACCCAACAGUACUGGGCGGCCAUGUUUUAAGCUGACCAUGAGGGAACUGCUACAACUGGCUCUAAAGGAGGACACUAAAGAAUUGUCUAAUUCCAAGGUCCAUGCCCUUAACAUCCUGAGAGCUCUGUACAAGGACUCCAGACUGGGGGAGGUGGUCACCACUUUUGUUGCUGAUGGAUUGAGGGCAGCCAUUUUGGGAUUUCAGUCGCCAUUUUGGGCUGUGAGGAAUUCCUCCACUCUUUUACUGAGCACUAUGAUGACCAGAAUUUUUGGAGUUAAAAGAAGCAAAGAUGAGUCAAAUAUGUCAAAGAAAAACUGCCAGACAGGCCGUCAGUUUUUCCAUCAAUAUCCAGUUCUUUACCCAUUCCUUCUGAACCAGUUAGAAAUAGCAACUAGAAAUAUAAGUGAUACAGACCAGCUCCACCUCCACCCUGGGCUGUACCCCGUAAAUGAAAUAGUCACCACUAGUACUUCUCUCAACCUGGCAGCGUUUAUCCCUUAUGUAAUUAGAUGUAGUUCUAGUCCUGUAAUAGCCUUACAGCCAUUAGUGCAGAAAGGUCACCUAUGUUCUGUGAUGUCUCAGCUGUUGAACUUGAUCCCUGGAUCUCAAGAAGAGGCUAGGCACAGCCAUAUACACGGGGCUUUGGUAGAGAUUUCAAAUCUGCUUGACAUGGUAUUAACAAUGCCUGGUGGAAUAAACUGCUCAGAGUCUGGAUUGUCUUUAUGGAAAGAAAAAAUGUGGCUGCUCAGCAGACAAAAUCCAUGUUACAUAACAAAACAAGCAGCCUUUGAGGUGUCAGAGAAAGUCCUGUUAGUUCUGAGGCAGUUUCCAGAGCAAAAGAUUCAGGAAGUCACCACAGACAUUAGUAACAAGCUGUGUGGAGCCUUAUCAGAAGAAUUUCUAUCAGGAAUAUACAAUAAAAAAGAGUUGUGUUCCAGUCCAGGAUUUAUAGAGUACCUCACUGUGAUUGCAAAAAUGGACCUCCAAUUAACACUCAGAAACUGCACGUCGUCAGCUGAAAUUCUGAGUAAAUUCCAGACAUUGUUAGCCUCUGAACUGUACGAGGUUAGACUGGUGGUGCUGGAUAUUCUGAUAUCCUUGUUCCGAGAGGAGGAGCCCGUGAAGCAGGUGCUCUCCCACUGCCUGUCAUCUGUUGCCACAGAGAGUUUGAUGUCAUUACUGCCUUUUCUGUAUCACAUGGCUUUGUACAAGGAGCAGCACUUUGAAUGUCAAAUUAAGGUAUUUGAGGCUCUAGAUUUACAUCCCUUGUUGAAAAAAAAAGAUUGGAAAGAUAUAAGCAUCAAGGAAAAUUCAAGACAGGUCUUAAAGCAAUGCUUGACUGUGAUAGAAUCAUCUUCGAGGGAUGAAGUAAAGGCAGCUGUGAUACGAUUUACUCGUUGGAUAAUAGCAGAUGUUUUAAAAAACUGGACAGAAGACUGCAUGGAACCUGUGGAUUCCUGGAUGGCCAUUCUCAGAGAUAGUGUAGGAGCAGAGAAAAUCACUGACCUUCAACUCGCAGUUGUCAUGGUGAUUCAGUGUAAUGCCCUCUGUCUCCUCAGAAACUCUCAUUCCUUUCUAGGAACUAAGAGAAUGUUUGAGUUCUGGGAAAUGUUGACCAGCUUACAACAGGAGGAUGACCCUGAGGUCAGAGAGGUCAUCAGCAAGACACUGCAGCUUCUGGGAAAUGACAGAGCUGUCCAGCCUUCGUUGACCUUAGAUUACUUGGUGAGGUCCUUUGUGGACAUCCAUGCUGGAACCAAGGGAGUUAACUGCUUCUUAACUCUGAUAUCAUGGAUCAUUAACAAUGAAUCCUCAAGUGAGGGAGCAGAGAGGCUGUUUGACAAAAGUGAAAUGAAUGUCUUUAGAGAGGAUGUUUUAUUUUACCAAAUUCUACUGAAGUACUGUCUUGGUAUGGCUCAGGUUAGCAGACCUCAUUCAAAAAAGGGAGACAACUCAAAAACUCACAGUGAUACAGAUGAACAGGUCGACACCAUUGGAAAUGGUGAUGUGAGGAGGGAAUUGGAGGUCGCAGAUGUUUUAUCACAGCUUUCUCUAGUAGCUGAUGAAAACUUUUCUCUGAACUCAGAAACAAUGUUACCAUUAUCAGAAUCCAGUAUUUUGGAAAUAUUACAGACAAUAAGGUCUUUUCUGAAGAAAAAGUCACCAUUGACAGUUGCAAACGAGAAAAGGAAUCCAUUCCUAAAAACUAAUGCAUUUCAAGAAAUUCUUUUGGAUCAAUACAAAUGCAGAUUGUUGGGUUUUAUUUAUAAAAUCCUCAGUGAUAAAUGUGAACAUUCAGAUGGUGAACAAAUAAUGCACACAUUCAUGGAAUCAGAGGAUGAAAUGAAUAAUUCAACCUAUCCAAAUUGUUUUGUAUCAAGUUGAUAUCCAGCAGCAAUAGAUUUCUUUAUAACAAUGCUUAUUGUAAUAUAUAUGUCUUUCUAAUGUAACAUGCGGAAAGGAAAAUAA